GGGCGCGGCAGCGGCGGCAGUUCGACGUGAACUCGCGAGCGGCCAACACGUAAGCGGCGGGUUGUGCAGCUGGGAAAAAAAGACAGCGAAACAAAAACAACAAUUACCAACUCGAUAAAAGGCAGCGGCGCAACUGAAGUGUGAAUUCAUAUUGAGGUUAUGUAACAAAAUAUAUGGAAAACGCGAAAACAAAACGCAGUUGCAUUAGCCAAAUCACACGCUCACCUUAAAAAAAUAUAAAAACCGUUCAUUCCAAGCACGCGCAUCGUUUAAGUUAAACGCGCAUUCGCAAUGGAGGAGGAAAAAAUUAAAAAAUCAGAGGCGCCGGCGCAAAGUCAUCCUUUGGAGGACGUUUCCCUCAAUGGAAACGAUGACGACAAGCAGACGCCCAAAAAUUGGGUUAAAUUCGACGACGAGGCGGAUAGCGGUGAAAAAAACAAUAACAGUAACGACGACAAUGCCACACAGCCAUCACAACAACAACAACAACAACAGCAGCAGCUACAACAAAACAAGUUAACUCUGCCACCGCCGCCGUCGGUGGUUAGUAGCAACAACAACAGGCGGGCGCGCUCACGCAGUCCCGCGACAACAACAACACCUGUCCAGCGCCCGGCCGUUUCCUCGGCCACAGCUGCCACACCGGGCGAAGUGAAGGCUCAAGCCCAAACCCAGGCCCCCUUGCCGGAUGUGGCACCCGCUGUUUUGACAACCGAGAGCACGCACGUUAAUCUGAGUGCAUCCGGCAGUGCAAGUGCAAGUGCAAGUUCAAGUACUUCUGCAUCUGGCCCGGCCCGACAUCCCGCGCAGCUAAUAAACCAAAAAGCCACCGCUGCCCCCUCCCCAUCCCCGGUUGCAGCGGCAUCUUCUGGCCACCAUCAUAAUGGAGGCGGCGCCAACGGCACUGGAAUUGGCCAGCCGGCGGAUCAGGGAUCCGGGAUGCGCACAAUCGAGCUGUCAACGGGUCGCAUCCGCGAAGGAUUCGCAAAUGGCGAUGUUAUUGUCACACUUCUGCCGGCCAACACGAAGUGGCCAUGGAUAACGCCUGCCAUAUUCCGGCCGGAACUGGUGCCCGAGGAGCUGAUGGCUCAGGGCCUGACGCUCACGGUGGAGGAUUACGUGAAUGCGAUGGAGACGCUGGUGAACGACUACCGCUUCACCGUGUACAACAUUUGCUACAAGCGGAUCCUGGUGUGCUGGAUCCUCUUCGCCUUCGCCGUUCUGCUGGCCCUUCUUUUCUCCGGUCUGCAGGGCGUGGCAUUGUUCGCCCUUGGCGUGGGCUGGCUCUUCCUAAAUGCGGCGGCUAUUUUCGUGUGCAUGUGGGUGAAGCUGCGCCUGUCGCGCGGCCUUGAAAAGUGCCUGGCCCGAGUGAAUCGUCAGCUGAUGCGGCACAAGAUCCUGCUGGUGCUGGACGACCGGGGUCGCAUUUCGUGCCACAAGGUCAACCUGUGCUUCAUGUACUUCGAUGCCACGCAGUGCGUGAGUUUCCUGAACGAGUUCCUGGAGCACACGGAGCAGACCGGAGGCGAUGCCAUCAAGGCGGGCUGGGAGGCGAAGCUGGACAUUGACCUCAACGACAUUGUCAUCCAGGGCAGCCAACCGGUGCGAAUGCCUCGCAAGCAGGAGCGCGGCAUGCAGCUGUUCCUGCGCUACGGAUCCCGCUGGGGCAUGGAGGCCCUGAGGGGUCUGGUGGACGUGACGCCCCUGGAGCCGGGACGCCACUGCGGACAGUUCCAGUGCCCCUGCCAGUACAUCAAAGAGCAUCUGCAGUGCAAACCGCGAGGCAAGUUCAAGUGUUGCAAUUUUGUGCAUUGGGUGAUGGCAUCUGAGCGCUACGAUAAUGAUUAAAAGCUUGUUGUGAAUGUCUGUGUGCUGUUACUAUAUGAAUUUACCGAGGGCCAUCUUGAGCCCCUUCUCGAUAUACCCAUGAAUUUACUUGCCGUAUUUAUUUUCGACCCGAUCGAGCUUGUACAUAAAUGCAGUCCGUCUUUUAUCUAUCAACUCUCUUUCGUUUCAGAUGUAAGCCCCUAAGGCUGAGACAAAGUUUCUACUUCUUUUCUACUCAAUAACUCUUUUUCUUCUAUGCCUAACUACAUAUAUGUGUGCUCAAUUAAUCCAAGUGAAAUAUUUUUAACAACCAAUGUUUUUUUCAUGCUUCCAAAAUUGUACACAAUACAGUGGCCAUAAACAGCAUUGGCCAAGUAGUUUGGACCCGAUUCCCCUUGUUUGGUAGCUAGAAAUUUAGCCGGUUGUUGGCCACAAUAACACCCAAUCCCUUACACGAUUUCAAUUGAUGACACACUGAAAUACUAAGCCGUUUCGAUAUUAUUAUUUCAAAAAGAUUAUACUGCAUAUUAUAUUUACCAAACGCAAGCGAAUGAAUUUCUAACAUAAGACUUGUACAAAUAUCUCUUAAUAAAAUACUUAUAAUCUGUUGGUGUCACAAAUAAAUGUCAAAUAUAUACCUA